AUAUACUAAAAUGACCAAAGUUGAUAAAUAUUGUCGGUUGUGCGCCGAACUAACUGAAGAUUUAAUAUAUGCUGAUGAAGAAGCAGCUUUUAAUUCAAAGAUUGCAAAGAAGAUGUUGUGGAUAAAUAUCGACGUUUCUCCUUCAAAUAAGCUCCCUAAAAGUAUAUGCUAUUCUUGUUUUGAUCAAUUAGAACGGACUUGGAUUUUUCUCAAGAACGUCAGAGAGGCGCAGGAAAAAUUGAAUCAAUUAUUUUCUACGAACAGUGAACAUAAAGUUAAAUUAGGAAAGCAGUCAUCCGAUGUGGCCAACCCCGUCGAUAUGAACUGGGAUGAUUUUCAGGAUGUUAAAGUUGAUAUAAAAGAUGAAGACAUUAUGACUGUGAUCACUACAAAUAAAUUUAUUGAGGGUCUAGAGAAUUUAAAAACGGAACAGUGUCCUGAAAACGACCAGGAUUUUGUGAUUGAAGACAAUGGGUUCAGCAGUAGCACAGAUAGUGAGCAGCCCUCUGAUGUCACAGUCAAAAAGAAAAGAAGUAAGAAGAAAGUGUCUCAACAUGACAAACACACAGACAAAACUUUAUAUAUAGAACCUAUUGACAUAGCUGACUUGGAUGUGACAUGGGAGGAGGAGGCAUGCCGCUGUGCACACUGUGACGCCCAGUGCAAAAACAUCUCAUUGUUAAGAUUACAUUCCCAACAUAUACAUAACAGUUGUUGCAUUUUUAAAUGUGUGAGCUGCGGCAAAGUUGUUUCCAAUUACAAAUCAUUUGUCAAACAUCUGAGACUGCACAAGGAAAAACUGAAUUAUUGCUGUGAAUACUGUGACCAAAAGUUUACAAUGACAAAAUUUAUUAAAAGACAUAAACAUGUUGAGCAUGGCAGUGGAAACUUAACUUGUUGUAGGAAAUGUGGCAUGAUAUUUGACACAGUGGAGCAGUUACAUGACCAUUUAGAGAAAUACAAUAAAAGUAUUAAGAAAAUGUUUAGGAAAGCCAUUGACAAUGUGGAGGAGCAAGACUUGAAGUGCAACCAUUGCCACAAAGAAUUCAAAAAGCGUACUCAUUUGAAUCAGCACAAACUGGUGCACACGGAUCGCAGCAGAGACUUCUCCUGCCACAUCUGCGGCAAAAUGUUCUUCAUGAAGGGAACAUUGAGCACCCAUAUAAUGACACAUGAAAAUGUCAAACCUUAUAAAUGUGAAUUUUGUCCGAUGGCAUUCAAAGCAAAAGGAAACCUUCAGUCUCAUAUCACAUUGCAUUCCGGAACAAAACCGUUUGUUUGUGAACAGUGCGGGAAGAGUUUUAGAGUUAAAAGACACUUGAAAUCACAUUCCAUAAUACAUACAGACCUAAUGCCAUACAAAUGUCAAUAUUGUGACAAAACUUUUAGAUUUAAAACCCGUCUUAACUUACACCUGAGGCAGCACACGGGCGCUAAGCCGUACAAUUGUGCUCAAUGUCAGAGAGACUUCACGAAUGGUUCAAACUAUAAGAAACAUAUGAAACGGAGACAUAAUAUUGACACCUCAUCAAUAUGGAAAAAGUAUUUGAGCAAUGGAAGUGCGGCAACAGAAGAGGGUAAAGAUAUGGAUGCUGGCAAGACAUAAUUGAAUUGACUUUGUAAAUGUAUUUAUUAAGAUAGAAUUAAAUUAUUUGGUGUAAAGUGAGCAAAGGCUCUGAAUGGAUGUGGUAAGGAGUGUAAAGUUAAUCUCACAACCUACCUCCGAGGUCUCUUCACCCGGCUCUGUGUACAUAACUUUGAGGAUUGUACGUUUCUCAAUAAAGUACUGAAAUUCAUUUAUUAAGACUAAG